AUGCGGCUCUCAAAUAGCCCGGUCUACAUACUGGCAGCAUGCUCUCUUCUAUCUACAGCUGUCUUUGCGGCUGACCACGCCCAACCUGAAGCUUUACCCACACGGGGCAAGGGAGUGCGCUCUAACAACGAGCACGAUUAUUCCGCCCCAGAGCCAAGCGCUGUUAUCGAGAAACGAGCCAUAGUCGAUGCGCCAGCAGAUCCAGUGCCAACAGUGCCUAUCCAGGUCUCGCCGGUCACAAUGGUUUGGGUCGACGGAGUACAGGUGCCUUACACACAAACAUUCCCGCCCUUCCCUGACCCAUGGCCGUCCCCGAAACCCGGACAGAUUGGCCUGGGUAAUAUUCAGGGAGAAGUCGGAAAGACGACCACGAUUAAAGCUCGCAGCCUCCCUACGGACGAGCCUGAGCUUGAGCCAGUGUUUGCGCGCCAGUGCCGAACACUCGAAUGCGGUAAAAGCCGUGAGCAGAAAGCGGAGAGAGCUGAGGAUGAAAACAAUGCUUGA